AAGAUUGCAAUUGCUUUAUCAGAAAACCGUAACAACUGGAUAGCUGCAAAUGUAGCAAGUUUAUUUUGGCGGGUUGCGGGUGAUGCGAAGAAGGCCAUUGAUUGCUCACGUGUAGCCCUCUUCAGCUCUCCUUCAGAACAUAAGGAUUUAGCUCUGAUUAAUUUGAUGAACAUCCUCCAUCGUGCUAAUUAUACCCAGGAUGCAAUUGUCAUUGGCGGCAUAUCAAUGGAAACAUCCCCACAUCUGGUUAUCAACUGCUUAACUCUUGCCAACAUCCAUUUUUCUGUGGUGAGUUUGUAAAACUUUUUAAGAUAG